AUGUCAUCAGGAUCAUGGUAUUGUGAUGGUUGUGGUCGAAUCAAUGCUUCAGUUCGAUAUCAAUGUGAACAAUGUCGUGGAUUCAAUACAUAUGAUUUAUGUGAUCAAUGUAUUGUACGCGCACAAGCUCUCCAUCCAAAUCACUCAUUUAAAUUAGUAGGACAAGUUUUCAAUGGCAUACCUGUCAUCAAUAGAACGGUACCAUAUUACUACUCAUGGGCAAUGAUUAGCUCUCCACAAUAUGUUCCAUUAAGACAACCGACAGUGAGAAUAUCCUACGAAUAUUAA